GACUCACGCGAGGCUUCGCGGAAACUUGCCUGUUUUUUCCACGCCUGCCGUAAAGGCGCGCGGUCUGCUGGGACAUGUAGUUUGGACAGCCCUUGGACGCCCCCUCAAAUGAAUGGGACCGGGUAUAACUGAGAACUACAGCUCCUGAUCUGGCCGCGUCGGUGGCAGCGGCGGAGGAAGAGUUGAUUAAGACGCCCUCAGGGAAGGAACAGCUGGCGGUGGUGAUGUUGCGCGCGGGUUUUCUAGGGUAGCGAUCUGAAAGGGCGCUUUUUUUCCCCCCUGCGCGCUGGCUCCCCGUGCCCGGUACCGGCCAUGCGCCCGGCCUUCGCGGUGGGCCUGGUGUUCGCAGGCUGCUGCAGUAAUGUGAUCUUCCUAGAGCUGCUGGCCCGGGCACAUCCAGGAUGCGGGAACAUUGUCACAUUUGCACAGUUCUUAUUUAUUGCUGUGGAAGGUUUCUUUUUUGAAGCUGACUUGGGAAGGAAGCCACCAGCUAUCCCAAUAAGGUACUAUGCCAUCAUGGUUACCAUGUUCUUCACUGUCAGCGUGGUGAACAACUACGCCCUGAAUCUGAACAUCGCCAUGCCUCUGCAUAUGAUCUUCAGAUCAGGCUCUCUGAUUGCCAACAUGAUUCUAGGAAUUAUCAUUUUGAAGAAAAGAUACAGCAUGCUCAAGUAUACCUCCAUUGCCCUGGUGUCUGCAGGGAUAUUUAUUUGCACUUUCAUGUCAGCAAAGCAGGUGACUGUCCAGUCCGGCUUGAGUGACAAGGAUGGAUUCCAGGCAUUUGCGUGGUGGUUACUAGGUAUUGGGGCACUGACCUUUGCUCUGCUGAUGUCGGCAAGGAUGGGUAUAUUCCAAGAGACUCUGUACAGACAGUUUGGGAAACACUCCAAGGAGGCGUUAUUUUAUAAUCAUGCCCUUCCGCUUCCCGGGUUCAUCUUCUUGGCCUCUGAUAUUUAUGAGCACGUUGUUCUGUUCAAUAAGUCCGAACUCUACCAAGUUCCAGUCAUCGGGGUGACAAUGCCCAUCAUGUGGUUCUACCUCUUCAUGAAUGUUGUGACUCAAUACGUGUGCAUCCGGGGUGUGUUCAUCCUUACGACAGAGUGCACCUCCCUCACUGUCACACUAGUUGUGACUCUGCGCAAGUUUGUGAGCCUCAUCUUUUCUAUCUUGUACUUCCAGAACCAGUUCACUAUGUGGCACUGGCUGGGCACCUUGUUUGUCUUCAUUGGGACCUUAAUGUACACAGAGGUGUGGAAAAACCUAGGGACCACAAAAAGUCAGCCGCAAAAGGAUGACAAGAAGGACUGAGGUCUUCCCGGGACACACAGAUGGUGUUAUGUGAGAGUGGCCUCUGUGGCAGGUCUGGCCAUCAUUUCACUUUGGCUGAUGCCAAAUUACCACAGUAUUGAAGCAGACAGGCUCCAGAGCUUCCUCUGAAAGGAUGGGACUCAUCUACUUUCAUGGCUACCCAGACAGCAUUUGUAGACUCGGCAUAGGCAUCCCUGAGGUAGAAUAAACAAAACAAGCAAGGCUACCAGGCAGGCUGCUGGUUAGCCUCUGCAUUUGCUUUUCUAUUUCUUUGCCAGAACAUCAAAACUAUACUUGUUGAAUUCCGAGUCUCAGAGCUUCUAGUUUUCUACCUGUGUCACACUCGUUGCUCCCAUGAUUCUUUGCCAUCACCGUUCUCUGGCUAUGUACCUCUUUCCUCCCAUCACUCCUCGAUCAUACUCCAGCAUUUUGUAGCACAGUCAAUGCCCCAGACACAGCCAGGCACCGGAUGACUCAGUGGGCAUGUGAAAAAUUAGACCCCAAGAAUGUUGAGGCUAGACUCCCUCCAGCGUGUUGGGAGAGAAGCAGUUCCUCCCAUGAGCAGAGCCCCUGAGAUACAUGAGCUGGAUGCUGGUGACACUGGAAUAGACAUGGAUCCCACCACCUACAUUUCACGCUACUUGUUUAGUUGAUGCAAACACCACAUGCUCCUUUCCCCUGCUGCUUUCUGUAGUUAAAGCAGUCCUGCAGAGCUCAUCGCAUGUUAGAAAGGAAGAAAACUUGGAAGUGGAUGGAGAACAGGGAGGCCUUUGCUUCUGUCUCCCACGUGAAGCCCCUUGGCCUGUUACAAAGAGAAGGAAGCACAGCCCAAUACAGCUCACCCUUUCAGCAUCCUGAGAGACUGUUGCCCUUGUGAACCUGGCCACACACUCACGUGGGUUUCAGAUGUGUGUCUGUGAAAGGCAUUAAGGCCUGGUAACCAGAAGAUACUUCUGAGAAUUAUCACCUGUCAAGUCAUCAAUGAUUGAUUGAUUGAUUGAUUGAUUGAUACACAAGUGCAAGUGUGGUCAAACCCCAGCUGCCACAGGGUGGAGUCGUGUUUUCCCAUAGAUACAGGACUGCUUUUGGUGGGUGUGCAUGAGUGGUGGCAUGAGACAGCAUGUUUACAUACAGAAACAGGCCUGCCUCUUUUCUGCUUAUCAUCCUGAAGCUCUGAUUUUCCUCUCUUGGAUCCUCUUGAGGAAGAGUAAACCUGUCACAUAGCACGUGGUGCUUGUGUGCCCUCAGCUGGAUUGUACGUGAUUGAAGAGCAAGGGCGUCCAUGUUGCCUCAUUUCCUCUGUUCUUCACUUAGAGCCAGACCCCUCAUUACCCUCACCUAGCCAUCUGCUCCUCUGCAACAGCUAAACUCACUGUUUCUCUCCCACACAGCCCUCCAUUCUUUAGCUGUGUGCAGACUGUGCUCUUAGGCUGAGAUGUGGCUCUCUGUGUCUCCUUGGCUCACUUGUAGUUCUUUGUUGCAGCAUCUGAAGAUGCUCUUCUGAACAGCAGCAGCAAAGAGAACCAUCCUAAUCCCCUGGGUUCCCUGGGAAGGCAGUUAAAACUGCUUUGCUUUUGUGUUACAUUAAAUGCAGAUACUGUUUCUCCACCAAAGUCCCCAGGUUUACAGACUUAUUUGUCAUUCUGACCAGGGACAGCUUCCCAGUGCUGGUAAUGGUCUGUUCUCAAGGAUGUUGAAUUAGAUGUGAACCUAUUUACAGUCCCAAAAGCUCCUUAGCUACUUUGAAAUAUGUGGGGUUGCCUGGACCAAUGUUGCUAUAAAUACCGAGUGUUAAAUGCCCCCUUAAAAGGACAUUAAUAAAAAGCACUUGUUUUUUUUCUUUUUA